AUGUCUCAUCUUGUUCCGGUCAACCCUCAUUCGACUAGCUCAACGGCAGAAUGCAACUUUCAAGCUACCCGAUUUGAGAAGCCGGCGCAAGUGCCACAUACUGGAGAGGACUCGUUCUCAUCCAAGCAAGAGACAUUUUGCGACAAGCGCUGCAACGAUCUGUCUCAUACGGCUUCUGGCAGCAGCUGA